AAGCUAUAUAAAGCUCGACCGGCAACCGCCAUUUCACUUUAGAAUUCGUCGAGUGUCCGACAACGUGAAGAGCGUUCGUGUUUUCUAUACAUUGUUAGUUUCAUAAAUUUUAUAAAAGAAAAAUGAGGGAAAUCGUUCAUAUCCAAGCCGGCCAAUGCGGCAACCAGAUUGGAGCCAAAUUCUGGGAAAUCAUCUCAGACGAGCACGGCAUCGACCCCACCGGCGCCUACCACGGCGACUCCGACUUGCAAUUGGAGCGCAUCAACGUCUACUACAAUGAAGCCUCCGGUGGCAAAUACGUCCCCCGUGCCAUCCUCGUGGACUUGGAGCCCGGCACCAUGGACUCAGUCCGUUCCGGUCCUUUCGGCCAGAUUUUCCGCCCCGACAACUUCGUCUUCGGCCAGUCCGGAGCCGGAAACAACUGGGCCAAGGGCCACUACACAGAAGGCGCCGAACUAGUCGACUCAGUCUUGGACGUGGUGCGCAAAGAGGCCGAGUCCUGCGACUGCCUCCAAGGCUUCCAGUUGACACACUCGCUUGGGGGCGGCACCGGCUCCGGCAUGGGCACUCUACUCAUCUCCAAAAUCAGGGAGGAGUAUCCCGAUAGGAUCAUGAACACGUAUUCAGUAGUACCUUCACCUAAAGUUUCCGACACGGUCGUGGAACCGUACAAUGCCACGUUGUCAGUCCACCAGCUUGUAGAAAACACUGAUGAGACCUAUUGUAUCGAUAACGAAGCUCUCUAUGACAUCUGCUUCAGAACGUUGAAACUCACAACACCGACCUACGGUGACUUGAACCAUUUGGUGUCGUUGACAAUGUCGGGAGUCACGACUUGUCUGCGAUUCCCCGGUCAAUUGAACGCAGAUCUGCGCAAAUUGGCGGUCAAUAUGGUACCAUUCCCGCGUUUGCACUUCUUCAUGCCUGGUUUUGCGCCCUUGACAUCGAGGGGAAGUCAGCAAUACCGUGCGUUGACUGUUCCCGAGCUCACGCAGCAAAUGUUCGAUGCUAAGAACAUGAUGGCGGCGUGUGACCCCAGACAUGGGAGGUACUUGACAGUGGCUGCUGUUUUCCGAGGAAGGAUGUCGAUGAAGGAAGUUGACGAGCAAAUGCUCAACAUCCAGAACAAAAACAGCAGCUACUUCGUUGAGUGGAUCCCCAACAAUGUCAAGACGGCCGUUUGUGACAUUCCCCCACGUGGUCUCAAAAUGUCGGCCACUUUCAUCGGCAACUCCACCGCCAUCCAAGAGCUCUUCAAGCGCAUCUCUGAACAGUUCACUGCUAUGUUCAGACGUAAGGCUUUCUUGCAUUGGUACACCGGCGAAGGUAUGGACGAGAUGGAAUUCACUGAAGCCGAAUCAAACAUGAAUGACUUGGUCUCCGAGUACCAGCAGUACCAGGAGGCGACCGCCGAUGAAGACGCCGAAUUCGACGAGGAACAAGAAGCCGAAGUUGACGAGAACUAAAAUGCUGCUUUAUUCAAUUAAAAAUCUAAAUUUUUUUCUCUCCCUUGUAUUACUGUUUUGUACAUUCCCGUUUAUAUUCGAAUACAUUACUUAACUUAUUCAA